CGCUGAAGUGAGAGGGAGUGACAUAGCAGGUGCGAGAACCCCAAACUGUCACACACAUACACAUGCACAAAGCGUAAGAAAGAGGGUGGAGAAUGAAAUUAUUUCAUAGUUGCACACGAGAGAGUGAGGAAGCAGAAAGAGUGAUUGUGAGAUACUGAAACACGAGCACAGAGGGACGAUACAAGAGAGACAGUGAGGAGGGAGUGGAAGACGGUUUGGAGUUAGAAGCGAAUAAAGAGGGACCAUGCUGAGGAGGAAGAGGAGCGUAUCCUUCGGUGGAUUUGGAUGGGUUGACAAGUCUACCAUUAGUGCCCUUCGAUCUCGGAAGCACGAGUUGCUAUCCAUCUCCAAUGUGCCCCUGGCAGACUGCCCUCCCUCUCCCCCCAGAACCGCCCCGCCCACCAUGAAGUCAAAUCAGUUUUUUGAUAUGCUGGACAAGAUGGAGCAGGUUUCUGAGGUGGAGGAAAUGAGGCCACAAAGAUUAAAGGAAGGUUACAUUCCAUACCCAAAGAUAGAGGAGGUGUUACAGCGGGGUGAGCCAUACCCUCAGGUCAUCCUGCCUCAGUUGGGGGGUUACUGGAUAGAAGACCCUGAUGCCCCUGAUGCCAUCCCGAGCUGGGAGAAUGGCUUCUGUGAUGAGGAAAAUGGAGAAGGAAGCAAUUCAGGAGAGUUUGGCUAUAGACUGGAGAGUAACUAUGCCAUUCGCGCAUACCGCAAGCACUUUCUGGGCAGGGAACAUCUGAACUUCUACUGCACGGCCAGUAACCAUGGCAACCUCAUACUGUCCCUCCGACACGAGGAGGUGAAGGAGCAAGAGUACCUGCACAUCAUUCUCAGGACUCCAUCAAAGACAAUCUAUGACAAGAUCCCUUUGGCAGGCUUGACUGAGCUCCCUAGUGUCCCUCAGUUAGCAAAGAUACUAUGUGAAGACAUUGUAGGUCUGAGAUUUGGUCCUGUGUUGUACCCAAAGGGCUCUCAAUUAAUAGUGAAUUAUGACGAGCAUGAGUUAAACAACACAUUUAAGUUUGGCGUCGUCUACCAAAAGUUUGGGCAGACCUCGGAGGUGGAGUUGUUCGGGAACAGCGAAGAAACUCCAGCAUUUACAGAGUUCCUCCGAGUGCUGGGAGACUGUGUAGAGCUGCAGGAUUUUAAAGGAUUUCGAGGUGGUCUGGACGUGUCUCACGGUCAGACGGGGUCUCAGUCAGUCUACACUGUGUUCAGAGGACAGGAACUCAUGUUCCACAUCUCCACCAAACUCCCUUAUACUGAGGGAGACAUCCAGCAGGUCCAAAGGAAGCGCCACAUUGGGAAUGACAUAGUGGCGGCAGUUUUUCAAGAGGAGGCCACACCUUUUGUGCCUGACAUGAUCGCUUCCAAUUUUCUCCAUGCCUACAUUCUAGUUCAAGUGGAAAACCCCGGAACAGAUGACACCACAUACAAGGUGUCUGUCACAGCACGUGAAGAUGUGCCUCAGUUCGGCCCUCCGCUUCCCAAUCCACCCAUCUUUAAAAAGGGGCCAGCAUUCAGAGAGUUUCUGCUGACCAAGCUCAUCAAUGCAGAGUUGGCAUGCUACAGGUCAAGCCGAUUUGCCAAGCUUGAGGAGAGAACGCGAACCGAACUGCUAGAUAAUCUUCAUAAUGAGUUACACAAGCGCACACAGUCAAUGCUGGGCCAUCCCCUCAGCGCAGACGAAGAGAGGAUGGAGAACGGAGGACAUGGAGGAAUACUGGAGUCUAUUAAGCGGGCGAUGCGCGUGCGCAGUCACUCUAUGGAGGCGAUGGUGGGCUCCCAGAAACACGGCCGCUGCUCUCCGGUUGGUGGAGGCGUACCCACCAGCCUGAGCGGAGUCGGUCUGACACACAGCAACACCGAGGCUGCCAAGAACUCUUCUCCAGUGAAGAGCCCGGUGAAGAGACGCUCGGGGCUGUUCCCGCGGCUGCACACCAGUGUGGACGGACAGCCAGAGCGCCACAGACGCAGUGUCCUGUGUGAUCAAAGAAGUCUAGAUGUUGGUCCCCAUUCACAGGAAGUGAGAUCAGAGACGUCGUCCAAUCCUAGCUCUCCAGAGAUCCUGAUCAAUGAGAGGCCAUCUCUCAAGCUGAAGGAGGUCAGUGGAAGACCAGAUAUCUCUCACUCUUCUUCCAGCACCAGCAGCUUCAGCAGUGCUGCAGGAGACCUAGAGACUCUGGAGGAGAACGAACCUAGCAGCCUCCAGAUUUCUCCUAGUCUCUCCCCAGUCUUUGGCUCUCUGAGCGCCGAGGGACAGGGUGCAGGCGCGCCAGUAAUCAUGUGCCGCAGUCCAACAGAUUUUAGGAAUAAGAUCUCGCCAAGAUCCAAUCUGAAGUUCCGCUUUGACAGAUUGAGCCAGUCCGCUGCCGGACAGUAGCAAAGAGAAUGUCAAAGACGACCAGAACCAUUAAAAGCAAUGGAUCAGCACUGAAGAUCAAGCACUGUCAGGACUGAGAAGGAGAGAAAUGAAGGAGGAACAUCACAGGAACAAGCACACAUGCUUCAGCACACAGUUUGCAUCUCCUCUAGUUUCUGCUGCAGGUGGUCAACUGGCACUGACUCGGCACAUUUAUUGAUUUUGCACAUUUUGAAGUCUUUCACAGUAAAGAAAUAAAGAAAUAAUCCAAUAUCUUGUGAGUUAAUGAAAUACAAACUUGGAUUAGCAGGUCAAUAAUAGUAACUUUCCUCACUUAAUAGUAAUAAAACAACACAUUUUAUUUUAAUUAACAAUAUACCCAGCACCUGAAACAUUCCACAGUAUUCUGAGACUCACAUAAAUGUACUUGACCAGCGCUAUUACUGCUGGAAAAACUUGCCACAGAAGAUAUCAUUAUACAAAUUAAUUUAGUAACAAAUCAAUCUAAAAUGCACUAGAGAGGUCAUAUAAUAAUACAAUAGGCUAGCACAACAUUGCUUUUCUCUGGAACACUCACAUUUGAGCAAUCCCUGAAAAUCUGCCCUAAAAUCAGCCAUUGUUUGGAGAUGUUUUCAGCCAUUACUGUGUUCCCCGAAGAGUUAUUUAUAAUAUAUAUUAUUAAAAUAAAACUUGAAGUACUAAACUUUUUUGUGUAUAUUAAGUGUAUAUAUUCAUUGAGUAUAGUCCAUGGAUCACAGAAAAAUAAACCAUUAUUGUCACAAACAGCUGAAAUGUGUUAAAUGUAACACUUUUAAAGGGACUUUCUCCAUUCAGUCUUUGGUAAAAAUUAUUUUUAGUUUCCUUAUAGUAUAAAUUGCUUAACAAAAAGAGCUGUGUUAAUUUAUUUCUCUAUGAUUGUACUGUUACACGUGUAAAGGUUUCUGUAUGGCAAUGUUGAUUUUGUUAAAUAAAAUAUUGUAUUUUGAAA